UCAACGGCAAAAACCACAUGUCUUUUUGGUUGUGAGAGAUUAUUUUAAAUAUUACGCUGAAUUGUGAUAAAAAACCCUGUGAAAGUGUGCAAAAGUGACAUCUUAAUAACGCAUUGAUAAUUGAAAUUUAAGAAUCAAUACGAAAUCGUUUUAAAAGGUGUGAAAUAUUGAAAUGAAAAAUUUUCUCUAAAGACUAAAAAUUUUGUUGUUUUCCCACACACAAACACAUACACAACUCGCUAUACAUCAUCGUUUUGACAUAUACUGCGGACUUGUCAAACUACGUAUCGCUUGUCUCGUUUUAUUCGCCGAAUUUCUCCUUCGAAUUUGUCAAUAAGGCAAAACAAAAACAAAACAAGUAACUGUUUGUGCAACGUAACCGAGAGAAAAAGUGCAUUGUAUCUUAAAAAAAAAAAAAAGAAAGAAAAAAAAACAACAACUAAAGUAUCUGGCAAAGUGAAGUACCGCAAUUUGGGUCUGAAAUACGUUUUAUUGUAAAGAAACAAAUUGAGAAUUGUUGUUUCUUAAUUGUUCGAAUUUCGAAACCAUUGCAGAAGUUUAAAAAAACUUGCAAUUGACAUACUACGAGUUUGUUAAGUGGACGAGGAAGCAACAAAGAGUUUCCAAGACGUCUGCUUUUUCGAUUCUGGGGUAAAUAACGCUUGGUACGUUAUUGUACUCUAGAAGAGGUUACUGAAGUGUAUAAGACAAGAUUAUGUCAGCUAGGGAAGAAAUCUCUCCAGGAGGAGCAGCAGCUAAUGUAGCUGCUUCAACUUCGGCGACAUCUGUCAGUUCCGUUACGUCGUACGCCAACGUUUUGCAAAAUUUGGACUCGAAGAAAUCAUCUCCGUCAAUUGCGUCCAGUGAAAGCAAGAACUCUACUACUAGUACCGAUCAGGAUAAUAAAGAAAACCAACCCAAUGUCAAGUCAAUGAAAUCUUGGAGUGAAGAAUCUGCUACUGCCGAUGCCAUUAUUGAGAAUACGACUACUUGUGAGGUAGCUAACGAAGCUGGUUCUUCUGCAGCUGGUGAAAAGCGUGCAGCCGGCAUAAAUACGGAUACAACAGCUGAAAAUUCUUCAGAAAUGGAUGACAACGCAGAUUUUGUACCGGUUAUUUCUCAUCAUCGCCGUGAUCGUAAAAAAGCCCGAAAAGAUAAGAUUCGUCAAGGUAAUAACAAUGGCGAACGUAGCACAGGAACUGGCAGUGGCCAGCCACAAAAUGGUGGAAAUGGCCAAAAGACUGGACAUGGUCAACGACGUGGUGGUGGUGGUGGUGGCGGUGGAGGGGGUGGUGCUGUUGGUGGACCUCAAGAAAAAGAUGGCGAACGCAAGUAUACGGCCCGUCAACGCCAACGUGGUAGUAGUUCGGGACGUAAGGGCGUUGCGGCCAAUGCUGCUGCGGUUAAAACGCAAAAAGAACGCAAAGAUGCAUCUCCAAGCGCUAAUGCGGAGAAUCCCGGUAGUGGAAAUGAAGGCAAAAGUGCCGACGGUGAUGCUCAAACAACAGCUGCUGGAACAGCUGCAGCUCCUACAUCUACACAACCGAAGAAAUUCGUCGCAGCUCCCCCACCAAAAGUUAACGCUUGGAAGAUUACAAAACAACAACAAUCGCAAAGUCCCAAAACAAGUCCGUCGCCAUUAGAUAAACGUGUCUUACAACCAAAACAGCCUAAACAACAACAAUCGCAACAAUACUACCAUCAACCGCAACAGCAGCAACAACAACAGCAACAAGAAAUUCAAGCUGCUGGCAAUAAUAACAACAAUUCCAAUAACAAUAAUCAUAACGCACAGUCUCAACCAAAGACACAAUCCACUAACACAGCAGUUGCAACAACCAUUGUUGUUUCACAGAGUGAUGCUAACGCUCCCGUUGUGAAGGAUAAAAAAAAAAUAAAUCAAAAAGCUAGUGAUUUUAGUAAUGUUGGUGAUUGGCCAAUGUUAAUUGGUGGGAAAAUAACAGGCAACGAAUCAAAACGCUCGACAAAGAAGCGAUAUAAUAAUCAUCAUAAAGACGAAUCCUCUAAUAAUAAUAUAAUCAGUAGCGGUAAAACAUCUGAUAUUAAUCCAAGCAACGCGCAAACUUCUCCUGCCUCUGCAAGUGCUAUCCAUAAUAGUAAUAAUAAUCAGAAAUCUGAUAUAAAUUCAAUUUCUAACGAAAAAUUAUUAGCAGCCACUCCCACAACUAAUAAAGAAAAUCAUGAGCCAAAAUCGAGCACAGUUAACCAAACCGUGGCGCAAGUUGGAGACGUCAUUAGAAACUCGGGAGGCACUGGAAAUACCACCAAUGGUACGCCAGUGUCUGCCUCAAGUUCAAAUGGCAUCAAUAAAAAAAUCCCCAAGCACAAAUGGCGACCUUUACAAAUCGAUCUUGCAAAAUCUAAUCGACCCAAACCGAUUAAUCGUCCACCCAGGAGAGGUUUGCAAACACAAUCUCGUUACCAAGAACACGUCAACAAUCGGAGCGACACCAAUGGCCCGGGUGGAGGAAGCAGCGAUGAAAAGCGUUCAAAUGUGGGAUACAACACUGAAGCAUUACCACGCGAACGCAACAACAUCAGUAAGAAACCUGGGAUUGCUGUUGAGCAGCGCUUUGAUUCCUGGCGUAGCGGCAGCGGAACCGAACGAUUCGACCGCGACUACGACUGUGCGCCCCGUACGCCAAGGCGAUUCCGCACGUCGUACCGCGGCAGCCGCCAGAGCCGUGGCGGAUUCUCAAGACCGGGACCAGGUCGUACGUCAAAUCGCAUACCACGCCAUUUGUUAACCAACGGUGGCGAAUUCGCAACUUAUUUACCGGCAGAUGCUGCCGGUGCAGAACAACCGUUUGUCCUUAUGGGCACCCAUUAUUAUGGCGCCGUCCCUGCAGCGUUUAUUGAAAUGGACGCUCAAAGUGUCAAGGAGGCCAUUAAAAAACAAGUUGAAUAUUACUUUAGUGAAGAAAAUCUUACUGGUGAUUUCUUUUUGCGUCGAAAGAUGGAUGAUGAGGGUUGCAUACCUGUCACUUUGAUCGCUUCGUUUCAUCGCGUUUUAGCUUUGACCACUGAUGUGGCGUUGAUUAUCACUGCUAUCAAAGAGUCCGAUAAGUUGGAGCUACUUGAAGGUUAUAAAGUGCGCACAAAAAUUAACCCUACAGUUUGGCCUAUUAGAGAUUUAAUCGAGCCCGGCAAUCAAAGCAUCUGUAACAAUAGUAAUUCUAGACCUUUGAACACAUUUAAAUCUGCCGCUAAUAAUGGCACUGCCGGUUCAGUGAAUGUCCACAUCGAUACGCCAGAAACGCAAUCUGUGACCGAUCAAAAGGAAAAUUGUGAAAUCACUGAUAUUAAUGUUAAAACUGUUUCUGCUUCCUUGAUGACUUCCGAAUAUGCCAAUGUCAACGAUAAUUUACCUGCCGCCAAUGAGAAAACUUCGUCCUCAUCAAUUGUCACAAUCUCUGAUGAAAUAGCGGUCGCUGUUAAUGAGUCAAAAAUAUUGAAUAGGACAACACCUAUUAUUGCUUACGUACCCGAAGUGCCUCUGCCUCCGAUUCUCACUUCGCCAAUGGCUACUAAACCAUUAAGUUGUAUACCACCACCACCGGUACCACGCAAUCCUCAGAAUUUGGUGCCAUCGAUGUUAUUGCAACAAGAGAGGCAAAUACCGUCCUCACCUCCUUUAAAUUCUAUCAGUGCUCUUACGAAAAAAGUGGAGGCAGCUAAGGCAGCUGAACAAAAGAAAGCGGGUGGAGCGGUGACUGAAUUAGUGGACCAUUUAAGUGGAUUGGCGGAGAGUGUUAAAUCGGCGGUAGAUACUAAACUAAAGAAUGCUAAUCAACCGAAGUGCACAUCGACCCCUCAAAAGAAGAAACAUAACGAAAAACAGCAGCAGGAAGUGAAGCCGUCAGUGAUAGAAGAGGCGACGGCCGCAGAGCCGGCCGAAGGUAUGUGGAAAGAGGUAAAAAGACGCUCAAAAUCAAAUGCUUAUAAAGAUACUAAAUCUGCUACAAACUCGACACAAAUGUCAUCAUCACAAACUCCACAUGGCUCUUCUUCCUCAAUCACAUUUACCACAAACUCCUCUCUCACCACUAUCAACUCCACAUCAAUAACCCUCACAAAAACCACGAACAACAAAAAUCAUACCAAAUCAUCUACCACCGAUUCAUUAACAAAUUCUUCCUCCAAUGCCACCAAUAUCAAUUCCUUUUCCUCCUCCUCUAAAAAAACAGCAGCGUUUUCCUCUACCGGGAGCCACCAUCACGGCCCGACAAUCGAGAAGGAAGAAUUAGAUUUCCAAUUUGACGAAGAACUGAUGGAUCCAAUACCCGCCACUGGACGCGUUAAUAAUUUUACUGAACAUUUUUCUGAUGACGAUGAGUCUGAUUAUGAGUUUGCAGAUCGGGAUAUAAACAAAUUGUUAAUUGUAGCUCAAGUGCAAAGAGCGCCAAAGCACGAGGGCUAUGAUCGCACUGCCGACUACACAACACGCACUAAAAUUACGCAAGAUUUAGAAAACGUGAUAAAUGACGGUUUAGCCAAUUAUGAAGAAGAUCUAUGGACUACCUCAAAUACGGCUAAUAAUUAUCGUACUGUAAAUGUUAUAUCGCAAGAAGACUUUGAAAAGUUAUCGGGUCAAAGUAAGCCGCAACAACGUAACCAACAGCCGCCGCCACCACCGCCGCCCGCAUACGAUGACGAAGAUGUUACAUUGAACGCUACGUUAAAUGCAACGCUUGCGAACACAUCAACUAACACUACGUUAAAUUCGACAUUGAAAUCACGACGAGCUCGCUUCUAUGCAGCGCCCAAUACGCAUUUGAUUGAUCCGCGUACGCCACGUAAACGCAAAACACGUCACUCUUCAAAUCCACCGGUCGAGGCUCACGUGGGUUGGUUACUCGACACUGUCGAACAUCGUCCACGCACUGCUUCAAUGGGGUCUUCGGCCGGUACUUCGCCAACUACCUCGUCUUAUGGUUCCUCUGUGCCUCAGUCACUGCCCGUUUUUCAGCAUCCAUCUCAUGCUCUGCUGAGAGAAAACAAUUUCACUCAGCAAGCCUAUCAUAAGUACCACUCGCGUUGCUUAAAAGAGAGAAGACGCCUUGGCUUUGGACAAUCACAAGAGAUGAAUACUUUGUAUCGGUUUUGGUCUUUCUUUUUACGUGAAAAUUUUAAUAAAACAAUGUACAAUGAAUUCAGACAAUUGGCGUUGGAAGAUGCGUGCAAUGGUUUUCGAUAUGGUCUUGAAUGUUUGUUUCGCUUCUAUUCGUAUGGUUUGGAAAAAAAAUUUCGCCCGCAUAUUUACCAGGACUUUCAGGAAGAAACUAUCGCUGAUUAUGAAAUAGGGCAACUAUAUGGCCUCGAAAAAUUCUGGGCAUUUCUCAAGUAUUAUAAAAAUGCUGAUAAACUUGAAGUAGAACCGAAAUUGAAAGAUUAUUUGAAAAAUUUCAAGACAAUCGAAGAUUUUCGUGUUGUUGAGCCGGAAAUCAAUGAAAUGCUACAAGGCGUUGGAAAUCUCAACAAUAAGCGCAAUUUUCAACGUCAUCGAAGUGUUUCCGAAAGCGAUGGAACAAAGGUUAUCGUCGUGAAUGGACGACGACCCAACACCACAAUCACUAAUCGCAGUGACUAUGUUGGCAAUCGUAACGUUCAACAAUAUCAUCAACAACAAUCACAUCACCACCAGCAAUAUCAACAAGGUGGCCAAAACUCGAAUCGUCGACGUGCUGGAUCUUUCGGCAGUGGAACAGUACGUGUACGCAGUGGUUCUUUGGGAAACAAGCCUCAGAUAGUUAAUCGCCACAAUCACUACAGUGGUGGUUCGUUCAAUGAACCAUUAAGACGUAGCGGUGGUGGCAAUGGCAGUAACACAGGUCUGAAUAAUAAGCAACGUCAAUCUCAGCAACAACAGCAACAGCAACAGAAAUUUAAACCCGCCUAUCAAGCACAGAAUAAAGACUCACAUACUAAAGCAAUAACAACGUCAACAAGAACAACAAUAGUAACAGCUGCAACAACGACAACAACGACAACAACAACAGCAAUAAUGACAGAAGAGAGAGGAAAAUCAUCGUCCAUAAAUCAACAAAAACAACAUAUAAACAACAAAAAGUCGACAUUAGCGUCGACAGCGGCGGAAAAAUAAUUCAUUCGUUCCUUCGUUCGCUUGUUAUAAAUUUUAUUUGAUCUUUCAAUUUUUCAUUUCUUUUUUAUAUUAUUAAUAUAUUAUCUUCUAUUCUUAUU